UACUGGAAGGUAUUCAAUGACUAUAAUGCAGCAGCAAUUUUGGUGUAUGUGGUAAUCACGCUACAAGACUCAUUCAUAGAUGCAUGCUGUCGAGACCUCAUGUUUCUCCCUCAUUUAGAAGAUGGUUAUAUGUUAACAAACCAUGUAAUCAAGGAAUUAGCUGUUCAACGUGUUAGAGACUGUCGAUCUCAAUGUUUCCUCCACUGCGAUUGUCAAUCUUAUAACAUUGGACCGUCUUCAGAGCCAGGCAAAAAGCUCUGCCAGAUCAACAAAGCUGACAAGCACAUCUUUCCUGACGAUUUCAAACAGGUCUCAGGAUUUCUUUACCACGAACUGCAACAGAAUCCAUGCAGAACCAAUUCUUGCGCAGUGAGUAAAACAAGUUCUUGUCAAGUUGUUUUGGGCAACAAUGGAUACAAAUGUAUAUGCAAAAAAGGCUAUCGUGGAGAUGAAUGCAAUGAAGAUGUUGAUGAGUGCAAGGAAUUACAGAACACAGGCUGUGCGUUGAAUGCUCAGUGUAUCAACACCGAAGGCUCAUUUUAUUGUCAGUGCCCAUCAGAUUAUAUAGGAGAUGGCGUAACCAAACCUUGUAUAUAUAUCAAUGAAUGUGUGCUUGGCAACUUUUCAUGUCCAAGUGGAACUACCUGUUCUGAUCUUCCUCAUCCAGAGUCAUACGAGUGCAAAUGUCCAGUCGGAUUUGAGUAUGUCGGAGRAAAAUGUGAAGAUGUUGAUGAAUGCAAUGAGUCUUUCUGUGACACUCAUGCAGCUUGCUCCAAUUUUGUUGGAUCUUACAGUUGUUCCUGCAAUGUUGGUUUUUCUGGCAGUGGUAAAAGAGAUGAAUGCUUUGGCAACGGAGAAAGGAAUUCUCCUGGUAGAACUUGUUUGGAGAUCAAAGAGAAGUUUAAUAGUUCGGUAGACAAGGUGUAUUAUAUUGAUCCAAACUGGGGAAACCAUGACGAUUCUUAUCCAAUAUGGUGCGAUAUGACCACUGAUAAUGGAGGAUGGACGCUCGUAUGGUCCUACAUAGUACAAAGUUAUGGAACUCUUACAUUUAAAAAGCCUGAUAAUGCUGUCAAUCCAACACCAAAAGGCUACAGUGAUCAAGGCGCUUCGACAUCAGAAAAUCCACCUCUACAAUACAAUARACAAGGUGCAAUGGAGUACGCGAAAUGGUCGUCGAUCGGUAAUUCCUUCCUUAUUAAAUCACCAAUAAACAGCUGGAUAGCAUGUCAUAUUGACCGACAACACCAUGGUUUGAUUACCAGUAAAAAGGAUGGGGAAGUCCCAUGCAAAAUUSUGAAACAAUACGGUGGGGUUUUGAAUGGUUGCACAGCCGUAGUACCAAACUACAUUAAGUUCGACGAGUGUGGGGUUAGUAUUAUGGUAAAACCMAGCACUGGACCCAUUGGCAUCGUUUAUCGUCUGGAGACCUGUGCUGACAAGUACUGGCCGAUCCAUGAUCCAUGCGGGAAAAAUUCCACCACUCCCAUAGCUGCAAUUGGUGGCUCGUUGAACAGUGUGUUUAUUAGAAAAUAAUCUGUAUGCGAUAUCCGUACAGAAAACUUAUCAAUAAUCGCUUAGAUUAUUAUAAUUCUUUGCGACGAUCAUUAUUCUUUACUCAUUUAUUCACCGCACUUCAAACCAUCAUUUCAUCACUUGUUACUAUCUAUGUAUGGCUUCACCCAAUGAAAUGACCGCUCGCCAACAUAGCUUUAUAAAUUGGUAGAACACUGCACCGGCAUCGCAGAGGUCACGGGUUCGAUUCCCGUUGAAGCCCGAAAUGAUCGUCGAUCAUUAUUCCUUACACCAAAAAACAUCAAGUGGAGAGUUUUAAAAAUGUCAUAGUUCUCAUCCUCACUAUUAUUGUAUAUAUAGAAGACAUACCACAAAUGUCCGUAUAGCACCAGGAAACAACAAUCCGUGUCUUCUGCUUUUUAAAGUAAUUUCAGUCACUUCACUUCAAUACUUUUGAUAUAAGAAUUCGAUUUUUAUUAAUUCAGUUUGUUUUGAAGACAUUUCAACAUGCAUAGUCACAUAUGAAUAACUUAUGUUGAAUGUCUAUCUAUGUACACAGUCUUUCUAUCCAAACUCCUAUCGCGA